AUGAACAAUUUUCGCCAACAAUAUGUGACGCGCAUGUGUGUCGGUGUUGAACAGGAAGCAAGUCAACAAGAUGUGAAUAAGUUGUUCGAUUCAAGCAAGGAUUACAAUCUGGAACGGUUUCGCGAGUUCUCUUGGAAGUUUCGAUUAUUGCCACCGUUUAGGCGUAAAAUAUGGAAAGUCUUGUUACAAGUGUUGCCUGAAUAUCGUGAAAAUGAUGAACGGAUAAUAGCGAGCAGACUACAUGAGGCCGAAUUGCUUUUCAACUGUUUGAAAACGACUCGCGAAUUGGAAUGCUUGGAGGUCCGGCGUAAGCAAACGAGUGGAAAUUCUGCUCCAAUGAUCCUUCACAUAGCAAGCAGCACCCGGAGCACUGUCGAUGGAGAGUUGAGUGAUUCUGAUUCGACCAUUGUUGAGACGAAUGAAAAAGAAAAUAUCCCAGGACAAUUAGUCUCGACUUUGGACAGACCAUCUGCCAUUGAUCUUGCGACGAUGAUUUUACUUUCGGAUGGGAUGAUUCAUGAGAGGCGAACCUUGAAGAAGAGCUAUCCAUAUUAUAUUCCGGUAUGCGAGCAAAUGCUGAUUCUUUGUGAGCCAGAAAAUUGGGCGGAUGCUUUUCAUUUGUCGAGAAGAGUACUCAAGCUCAUGGCGAAAACGUUUGGAGAUGAGGACCAGAUGCGCAAAACGCUAAAUGAGAUACACGAGCGAUUAGCAAAAGAAAUUGAAAUGAAUUCGGGUCUUUGUGAACGGGCGACUUUCGGGAAACUUCCAAUUCGGCAUUGGUUGCUCGGUGCUGGAACGCAAAUCAUUCACACACCACGCGCUUUGCAACGUUUCUGGGAUAAACUUCUUACUGGUGAGGCUUCUCGCGUUCUCAUGGUUCAUCUAAUCGUCGAGUUGCUCAUCACAAUCGAUAAACGUUUCGGGGAUGACCUUCAUAUGUCGUGUGAAUUUCGUUUAUCUGAUGAGGGUGAUAUGCGGCUAGUCGGACGGGUUCUCGAUCAAGUGGCAAAAAGUGGCGGUCGAAAAUCGACAUCUGAUAUUCGACGUCCAAGAGUGCCUAAUAUUUUA